AUGGGCAGCAUUGUUGAAUCUCUGUAUCGGAAAGCUGAUGGUUUUGUAGUGUUUUUUGUUGGCGUGUUAUUUUGGUUGAGUACAAAAGGGAACGCUCAGCCGUUAGUUCCAGCAUUGUUUAUAUUUGGAGACUCUGUCGUCGAUGUUGGAAACAAUAACCACCUAGAAACUCUUGUCAAAUCUAACUUCCCUCCUUAUGGAAGAGACUUUACCACCCACCACCCUACAGGCCGGUUCUGUAAUGGAAAACUUGCCUCUGACUUCACUGGUGAGAAUCUAGGAUUCACUUCAUACCCUCCACCCAUACUAAGCAAAGAAGCCAAUGGGAAAAACCUCUUACUUGGAGCCAACUUUGCGUCUGGUGGCUCUGGAUACUAUGAGACCACUGCCAAGCUAUAUAACACAAUUUCGUUGAACAAACAACUUGGGUAUUAUAGGGAAUACCAGAAGAAGCUAGUGGCCAUUGCAGGGAAGUCCAAUGCUUCAUCAAUAAUCACAGGCUCAAUAUACUUGCUUAGCUCUGGAAGUAGUGAUUUUGUCCAAAAUUAUUAUGUUAAUCCACUCCUCUACAAAAAAUACACAGCUUACCAAUUUGCAGACACCCUUAUCCAAGCCUAUUCCCACUUCAUCCAGGAAUUAUACGGGUUAGGGGCAAGAAAGAUCGGGGUAUCUACGCUACCACCAAUUGGUUGCCUACCAGCAUCUAUAACACUAUUUGGGGAAGAUAGCAACGAGUGUGUUACAAAGAUGAACUCAGUAGCUGAAUACUUCAAUAAAAAGCUCAACGCGACUUCCCUAACUCUGAAGUCCAAACUCACAAAUCUUAAUCUCGUUGUGUUAGAUAUCUACCAUCCUCUAUAUGACCUCAUUCAGAAGCCUACUGAUUAUGGGUUCUUUGAAGCAAGGAAGGCAUGUUGUGGGACAGGGUUGGUGGAGACAUCAUUUCUAUGCAACAAGGAGUCACCUGGUACAUGCAAAAAUGCUUCAGAGUAUGUAUUUUGGGACGGGUUUCAUCCGUCGGAAGCUGCAAACAAACUUUUAGCAGAUGACUUGCUUGCUGAUGGCAUCUCCCUUGUAUCCUGA